AUGCCUUAUCAGCCACUGGCCUGCGCGCGAUUGAUCAGACACACCCAGGAGAUCCCCACCCUCUCUGCCAUGCCCUCCUCCCCCUUCCCGUCAAUCGCAGCCAACAAUUUGUUCCCCUUGGCUGUUGCCGUGAUCAAGGCGAACAUCACCCACAACGGGCUUGACCCAUAUGCGUGUGACUCUAUUCACAUCGGCAACCCAAUCGCCAGUUUGAUGUCGUCGGUCUCGACCCAUGUGGCACCGCAGCCCCCUUCAUCAAUGCGGCAGUUCAAUGUGUCCGAAACGGCGCUAUGA